AGGGGUGCCCCGUACAUACGAGAGAGAGUGUAAGUGCGGGUGUGUGUGAGUGUGUGUGUGUAAUCAUGCUUCUCCGGCAAGACAAAAUUCCAUGUGACUUUCUGUUAUAAGUCGUCGCAGAGAAGAAAACUAAUAAGCUGAGUGAGAGAGAGGCCUGGCUGGUGUGAGAUGUCUUGGUCGCUGGUCAACAGAGGCCUCGAGCUUUGUGAGGAGGACCAGACAGCAAGCAAGAGCAGGAAGGUUGACGCGGUGACACCAGGCAAGGGCUCCCGCCACCAGAAGGAAAAGAGAGCAGCUAAGCAGAGGAAGAUUGCCAAGCAGAAGCAGCAGGAGAUCAAGAGUCUCUUCAACCAGAAACAGGGUGUGAGUGCUUUGGAGAAGUACCGACAGAGCACCCCAAGAGACCGUACUGUAGACAACAUCAAGCUGCUGAAGAAGAUUGACAGGAAGCGGACACCGCAAGAGUAUGUAGAAAAGAUCCUGAGCCAGCACAGCAAAGAGUUGGAGAGAAGAGGAGGCACAAAGGAGGCACCACAGACUCAGGGCAAGAAGAAACCCCAGGAGACAUCAGUGUUUUCUGAUGAAGACUUUGAGAAGAUGAACAAGGAGUGGCUGAAGCUGUACUAGCAGGCUAUAUUUGAGAGGCCUUAGACAGUCCUGAGUGUUGGUGGGUGGCUGACUGGCGGCUGCUGGUAGUUCAUGGUAGAGGGAGCCACCCACUCUUAGCAUCCCUGGAUAUGGUCCCUUUAACUUGGCUCCUGCAGGGGAUACCUUGCAGACUGUAGACUUGAAGCAUUGUACUUGUUUGAGUGACUGAAAGUGGCUUGUUCUUGCAUUGAUUUAGAUAGUUGAUGGAUGUGAGAAAAGUUUACAAUCUCUUCUUGUAUGGUAAGUGCAUCCUCUUGCAUCUUGAAGUGCAGCUUAUCAUGUAGUGCAUGAAUUUGUACAUUUAUUUAAUUUACAAAUUUGUUCACAUUUUUAAAUAUCUGUGUGUACGUGUUUGUGUGUCUACUGUGGACACAUUGCCUCACUGCAUAGUGCUGAGCCGUCCCGGAUCAGCAUGGCUCUCAAUGACAGGUUGACCGGCAGGAUUGUGACUCUGGCCUUUGUUUUUGCCCUUUUUGCCAUAACACUGUGGCACCUUCUCUACCAGUCACAGUAUGAUGUGUUUAACCUAGUCCCGUCACCCCUGUAUGCCUUUGGGGUGAUCCGGUACCUGUUCCUUGUGCUGUCUGUGGUCAUCCUGUGUUUCAUGAUGUAUGCUUGUAUUAACUCACAUUCCCACACUUGACUCUUUCAGGUUUGGCACCAAGUGAUUGAGUGUAUGAAGGCACAACACAAGCACCAAUUAAUAUCCCACAAAAUAUGCAAAGGUGUCCAAGGACCUUGAAUGACCCUUUGCCUUUUUGCCAAUUAGAAGCUGGAGAGAACAGCACAUAGAGCCUCACUGGGCAGUGUGUGUGUGUGCUUGUGUGCAUGUGUGUGGAGUGAUGUUUGGACACGACCGCAUCAUAGGUCAGUGUGUGCUGGUGGUCUCGGCAGUGUUGGUGCUGUACUAUCUGGUGUGGGUGGUGGGUCUGCCAUUUGUGGAUGAGGACAGUUCCCUGCGAGCCAUCUUCCCCUGCCCCAUCCUGGCCAUCAUCACCCCCACACUCAUCCUGGUGUUCCUCCUGGCCGUCACUGGAGUGUACAUCGUCAAGGCUUUGUUGGACGCUGACAGUCUGGAGAAAACCAAAUUAAAGCAAUCAUAGUGAAUGUUAUGUUGAGGUAUUUUUGUAGCUAAACAUACUUGGCUAAAUGCAGCAGAAAACUUUUGUAUUCAGAUUUGGCAAGCUUAAAACAAAGCAGUUGAGCAGCUGUUGUUUACUAAGGUGACAUUAUUCUGUAACUUUCCAUUACUGACCAGCCAUUGCCUUGUAGGAUAGUGUUCAGCAGAGCUCAGGAUUUAUGUAUUGUUUAGUGUUUUAUUUGUUAUUGUUUAUUGUUAUGGAUGACCAUCAAAAUAUCAGGCCAUAUAAUUUAAGUUGAGUAUACCAGUGUUCGUGUGAGCAGUGACACUUGGACAGAAUUAAAGACUUUAUUAUCCUUCAUUGGACAUAUUCAUCAUGUCAUCUUGGCUUGUGGUCGGGAUCUCCGGGGUAACAAAUGGGGGCAAGUCCACCCUUGCCCAGCAGCUGCAGUCACGUCUCCCCACUCACACACAGGUCAUCUCUCAGGAUGACUACUUUUACCCAAAGGACUCCCAGUACCACGUCCCAUGUCCUGGAGGCUUGGCACACCACAACUGGGAUAUCAUCUCUGCCCUGGACAUGAAGAAGAUGGUGUGUGAUGUAAUGGAGAUUGUGAAAUCCCACCCAGACCAAAAUGACAGCAGCCAUAAGGGAGGCACUGGCUCUCCCUUGUCAGAGGAGGUGGGCCUCCGUCCAGUCCUGCUUAUGGACGGAUUCAUCCUGUACGAUGACCCAGAGAUUCUGGAACUGUGUGACUUGCGUUACUUCUUUACUCUGACGCAGGAAGAGUGCUGGGAGAGAAGGUCACAGAGGACCUAUGACCCACCAGAUCCUCCGGGAUACUUUGAGGCCUGUGUCUGGCCCAUGUAUGAGGAGCAUCUGGUAAAGGUCAAGGAAGGGGUUCCCAAUGUGGUGUUCCUUGAUGGCAUGGAGGAAAACCUCUCUGCUGUCCUUCAGCAAGUGACUGCAGCGGCUCGUCUCAAAGGGAAGAAGUACCCAGGAGCAAUACUUGGCUAGAUGGAGAAGGGAGGCCAUGUCAUGUUCUAUUUCACACUGUAAUGGGAUUUUCUGAUGUAAAAUUUGGUUGUAACAGUUUUUUCAGUGGAUUUUCAUUUAAAUAACUUGACUUAUUGAAAGCAUUAAUUCAAUUAAGCUUAUGCAUAAUUCAGGUAAUGAGUGAGAUGAGGCUGUGAACAAAAAAAUUUUAUAUAUGUAUUAGCGUAGUGUGAAAUGGACUUGAAAGAAUUUUUAGCAUGUAACUUGGGACAUUUGAUUUGGCCCACAUUAAACUUUGAACUUGGGAUUUCCUGUGGUAAUAGUUUUCAGUUCAUUAUCACAUUGUAACGAGAUGCUGCUUAAGAGCCUCACUUCCAACAGGUUCCAAGUGUACCCCAGUAUUUCUUUUCUGGUGUUGUGCUAGUAACUAUGUUCACAGAGAUUCUCUCUCUCUCUCUCUCUCUCUCUCUCUCUCUCUCUCUCUCUCUCUCUCUCUCUCUCUCUCUCUCUCUCUCUCUCUCUCUCUCUCUCUCUCUCUCUCUCUCUCUCUCUCUCUCUCUCUCUCUCUCUCUCUCUCUCUCUCUCUCUCUCUCUCUCUCUCUCUCUCUCUCUCUCUCUCUCUCUCUCUCUCUCUCUCUCUCUCUCUCUCUCUCUCUCUCUCUCUCUCUCUCUCUCUCUCUCUCUCUCUCUCUCUCUCUCUCUCUCUCUCUCUCAAGUGGCAGGUGCUGAAUUUGACAAUGUCCAUCAGGUGUGCAGGGUUACCAUGGAGGAGAGUGUUGAGUUAACCUGCAUGCCUAAUGUGCUCAAAUAGUUAAUGCAUAAAAGUGUGUAAGGGAAAAAAACGAAUUUCUUGUUCCUAAGGAUAUUCUUUAUGUAAUUCUAAGUCCAAUGUAGCCAGAUUAAUUUCUUAACAUUACAUGUAUUUAGUUAUACUUAAUACUCUCAGUAGCUUCAGGAAGUUUGAAGUAAAUAUAAAAAAAAAGCUGAUAUUGCCCAUGCCAUUAGUUGCCUAAGUGUACUAACCAUUAACUACUAAAACAGAGUUGCAGGUGACAUCAUUCCAUUAGUCAGGAUGUUCUGAUUAGCCAUAAUGCUGAGACAUGUCAGUCUGGACGCACCACGCCCAUAGCCAUCUCAGGUAUGCAAGAUUCACCGGUCCCAGUUUUGUAUGUCCAUUGACAACUUGAAAUAGCGAUACUUGGAUGUCUGUAUGGUACCAAAAUCUUAAUUUUGUACAAUUUUCAACACUGAUGUAAAGGGAAGUUUAAGUUCAUUAAACGCGUAAAAUCUU